GGCCUAGAACCGAUGGCAGACAAUGUCUACGACUAACAACAUAGCCCAGGCCCGGAAGCUGGUUGAGCAGCUGCGCAUUGAGGCGGGCAUCGAGAGGAUAAAGGUCUCCAAAGCGUCCUCCGAGUUAAUGAAUUAUUGCGAGCAGCAGGCCAGGAACGACCCUCUGCUGGUUGGCGUUCCUGCCUCCGAGAACCCCUUCAAGGACAAGAAGCCAUGCACCAUCCUAUAGCUUGGCCCUCGCCUGCAUGUCUGCCCUCUGUCUCUCUGUCUCUCUCAGGCAAGGCUCCAGCCUGCACCGAUCUAAAGCUGAGUCAAGCAGAUGUUCAGAACUGCGCAGAGGGG